CAGCGCUGCGUCUUUAGCGUUACCAUGAGUUGAACAUUUAGUUUGUCUAUCUACUCACAUGGGAUCGGCAGGAGGCUGAAAGUGACCGAAUAUUUUGGGCGACGGACAAAUGCAUGCACUUGUGGUUCCAAAAGGAGUUUUAUCAACGUUUGAUCGCGUUUUGGCACCUUCGGUGCAGCUGGGAGCGCUUCUUUUUAAAGUCUGAGGUGGACCCAAGGUGUUUUUGAGGUGAAGGUGAAACCUUUAAUGAUCAAGUCGCACGAACGAAGACUGAUCGCAUUUGUUUAAAUAUUUGCUUUACUUUUAAGUUUGUGCCGAAUAUUUGCGGAGUGAGGCUACCUGUUGAUUUUGGACGUCUGCACAGGUUGCUAGAAACGAUCCAAGAUGGACGAAGCCGAGAAGUACCAGCAGCGUGUGCAGGCCAUCGCGGAGAAGCGGCGUCUGCAGGAGGAGCAGGAGCGGGUCAAGAGGGAGAUGGAGGACGAGAGGAUCCGACUGCAGCAAAUGAAGAGGAAGUCUCUAAGAGACCAGUGGUUGAUGGAGGGUCCUCCCUUGUCUCCAGACAGCGCAGGUCCUCGUUCCCCUCUGUGGGGACAACAAGCCCAGGAGAUUGAGCAGAACCUCGACAGUUUGCAGGCAAAGACGGAGCGGUUGACAGAAGAGGUGGCGAAGCUGUCCGAGGAUGAUGGAUUGGUGGCGUGUGUGAGUGACGGACUGGCACACGACAACAGCGAGGGUGCCCGCAUCGCGGAGGACGGCAGGACAGAAGAGCCCGUCGCUAAGGAGCCGCUUUUACAGAACGGACAAGGAAACGGAACAACGGAGGUGGGCGCCGAGGAGGAUGGGAAGGCUACCACGGUCGCCCCGGCGAUGGCUGAAGAGAAGGGUCCUAAUGGCGAGGUGGCCGCAGACAUGCCUGCUCCUGAGGCAGAGGCUGUGCAGCCUUCUACCGAGAUCCAGAACACUCCAGAAGAAGCUGCCGUCAUGGCAACGUCAGCGUCAGCAUCUGCUGCAGAAGGAAGUGGCGCUCCGGAGGCGCCGCCCACCUCUAACGGCCCAAUCAGCAAGCCAGGCGACGGGAACGGUGCGGUCACCAUGACGUUCCUGGGCUUCAGCGAUGCGGAGAAGGGUGAGGGAGCGAGCGCGGGAGUGGACGAUGACGGAGGGGCCAUCAUGAGAGCGGAGAGAGUGAUCAUCGUGGACGAGGGAGAGGAGGCCGAGGUGGAGGCGGUGGUGGAGGUGGAGCCUGAGAGCCACACGGCAGCAUCUGAACCCCCAGCGGCUGAGACCUCCGCUGCCCCACAGACCCAGGAGCCAGAGGCCACAGAGGCCACAGAGGCUGCAGCCCAGCCUGCCACAGAGGCCCCUACGGAGGCAGAGAAGCACGCGGAGGCAGAGGUCACGCAGCCGGCCGAGCCGAAAGCAGAGGCAGCGGAGGCAGGCGAGGUUGAGGAGAGAGGGGAGGACGGAGAGAGGCCCGGCGACGCCCAGACUGAGCCAGAGGCCGCGGAGGCCCCCGCUGAUGAGGCGCAGCCCCAGCCCCUGCCCACAGAGGGCGCUGUGGCCAGCUCCGAGGUGCCGGUGUACUCCCCGGCCGUACUGACCACCGCCGCACCCGAAGACCAGAGCCAGCAGCCGGACGCCCAGGAGCUGAAGAGGGAGGACGGCGAAGAGGUCACUCUGGCCACUGACCCUGCUCCUGCCCCUGCCCCUGCGUCUGUCCCGGUCCCGAGUUCCCCGAGCCAGUUCCAGGAGGUUCCGCUGGACGACGGCGCCACCAAAGCCCCGCGUCCAGAGCCGCCGGCCGAGCAGGAGCCGCUGCUGACCUCCAAGACGGCCCCCCCGACGGACGCCGCCGCUCCACGACGAGCCGAGGGAGUGGACGCCCCCAAACAGAAGGCCUGCCAGUGCUGCUCCGUCAUGUGAACCCCAGCACUCCCAACACCGCCCACACACACACACACACACACACACAUUCUCUCACUCUCACACACACACACUCACACACGCACACAUUCUCUCACUCUCACACACAAACACACACACUCACACACACACACACACACACAGUAUCCAUAUCUCUCUUACUCCUCCGUUCUCUCAUCUCACCCUGGCCAUGUUAUCAGGACUGUUAUUCAAAUGCCUUAUCUGCUGCCGCUCUCUGCUCUGUGCUGAGCCCCAGGGGGCAGGACAGGACGGCCCACUAAAGGCCACCGCUCCAGCGCUCCACCGCUCCCCUCCCGCCGCCCCGAGGACGAUUCCCUCCGCUCCUUUUGUUCUCCCCGCCGGCGCUGCCAGUCCAGUCGAGACGAGAGAGACCUGCUCUGGCGCGUCACUUGCUGACCGCCUCCUGUCAGAACUGCCCCUUCAUCUCCCCUGAAGCCCUCCAGCUGGACUGCGCUCACUCACUCACUCACUCUCAAGUGCCCCCUGUCAUCGCUCACAGCUGAGUUGGAGUUGAAGGUGAUGUGCGUUGUGCCCAACAGACUACAGUACAGUCGGGCAGGAAGGGGAAAUGAUUGAUUAUGGUUUUGAAAGUGAUUCUGGUGUCAGUGCUGGAGCGGUCAGUGCAGGUGUGUCUGUGGAGUUGCCCGUGUCCCUGUGCUGGACAUGACUCUGUUGGCCUGGGUGGGGGGGGGGGGAUACUGGAGGACUGAAACUGCCCCCCACCCCCCACAGAGAUUGUGUGGACUUUCGUCACAGUCACUGUUGGGGGACUCUCCCUCUGAAGUGUGGCACUCGUGGCUUCAAAGAUCUUCUCAACUGACCCCAACUGACCCCAACUGACCCUGACUCUGGAGACGCUGCAGUGCUGGAGCUGUUGUAACGGCACGCGAGCGCAAUACUGGACAUCACACACUGUGAAGGCAGAGAUUUCCGCACGACUGUCCUGUCACUUCAUGAGCCGUUUCAUCCUGAAGCACAGUCCACUGCCCACAGGCCUGGACACUCUGAUGUCCACUGCCCAUGGGCCUGGACACUUGUAACCGUGAAUUAUUAGAGGGUCUAAUGUGGGUUCCUUCAACUGGGCUGACACUACGGUGUUAUACUGUACUUGGACACCACAUGAUGUUGUUUGAUUCUGUUUUUUUGUUUUCUUUUUGAUUUUAAAACUGAGAAUAUUUUAAUUGUGUUGUCAAAUGAUUGCUUUGAAUUGCACCAACUGGAGAGUAGAAGUUGUACUCCAAAGAAUAAGGAUUUCUUGCAGUGAGUGUUUAUGUAUAGCACCCAACCUAGACGAGGGAGUGGUGGCUUUUUAUUGUAUGGAAUAUUUGCUCAGCAAUAUACCUGUUGAAUGAAAGAAAGUAUGGGAAUGUUACACAAUAUCGAUGUAUUGACUGCUUUGGCGACUGAGAAACAUUGCGCAAGUGUGUGUAUGCGUGUGUGUGUGCCUGUGUGUGCCUGUGUGUAUUUUUUAAACAUUGACCUUGUAUCCACUUGUACAAAUUGUAAAGUGUCGUCGUUUAUCCUGAUGUAACUACAAGUUGACAGCUAUCACUGAAAUAAGCAUCAGCUUCUUCAUUCAUAAUGUGAUGGAGAUGUCAAAUGCAAGGUGAAAAUAUAUAUUUUUCGGUCAUCAUUCAGAA